CUACUGUUGCCUGCUUUUUCUCCUGGCCAUCACCAGACUGAUCACCGGAUGACGAUACUGCAACAACAGUCUUGUGAGUGACAACUUACUACUUCCCAGAACAGUUUUGCUUUUGGCAGGCGUUCUGUCAGCAGCCGGUAGUUCGAAAUGGACGCAUCGGAGAGAACACCUCGUAGAAGAGAUAAUGACCGUCCUCGCCUUCACGCAAGUGGCUUUACGAAUCUGAGAAAUGUGUUGUCGGAGAACGCACAGCGCCCUAAGAAACAACGGGCAGAUAAUGAUGAUCAAGAAGACAUCCUCCAGAAAAUGGCUAAGAAGAACGAGGAGAUUCGGCGGAAGUACGAGAUCGCUCAACGUGAUCGCGAAGAAGCCGCCGCCAUGGGUGCCUCGUUCGGGUCAACCGCAGGUAGCACACCCGGCUCUAGACAAAGCGUUUCCAAUAGCCCUGUGUGUACACCGGGUCAGAGCACACCUGAACAACAGUCACCUGAGCAAGAUACUGGCGGUGUAAAGCAGCACACGAGGACCAUGUCGCAGCCAUCCACUCAAACAUCUAGUAUGUCCUGCAGGCAAACCCAGUCGGCGGGAAAGCCUCCUCGACGUCCUCCGCCAAAAGGACGCGGAAGGGUCCGGGCACAGUCGUCCGACAAGUCUGUUGUCGGUAAUGUUGGAAUGUCAACAGGGGUGAUGACUAGCACAUGUGGACAAGUAUUGAUGCCUUCCACCGAACAACCGGGGCCCAAGCAGAGUGGCAGUAUGGAUGUGUUAGCCAAACCUGAAGCAGUGGCGUCUGCGAAGCCCAAACCAGUGAAUUUGCUAAGCAGUGAUGAGGAAUGUUCGGCAUCGCCAUUGUCUGGUAGACUAGACAAGGUGAACGAUAGUACUAGUAGCUCGUUGCAGAGCGCAUCGUUACCAUCCAGUGGGUCGCCGUCUCCCCAGGCGAGAAAGAAGCCCCCAUCCAAUCGUUUCGCAGGGCUUCAGGGUGCGCUGCUCGGCCUGGUAACCGAGGUACAUGCCAAGAACCAGACUGGGCAACGAGAUGAUUCGAAACUGUUUUCUGGCCAGGUGCACGUGGAGCCUAAGCCAAGCCAGACAAGCCGCUCACCCCGAUGAAUAUGCUAAUGAAAGGCCAGAUAGGAAGCCAAUGAACCAGCCAGGGUGCUUCACUUUGCUCUAGUGGCCAAUCUAGUGACACAAACACGCAGGGUAGACACGUCAGAAGCAACCAGGCUGCUGCUUCGCUCGAGCCAGCAGACCGCUGGAGCAGGCUCAUGCCCCAUCGACCUCGCAGCAACAUUCAGAGUGUGCUGUCAGCCCUGGUGACGAAGACGGAAGUUCGGGCUGAGAACAAGACGGGGCAUAGAGAUCAAAGUGAACUGUUUUCUGCUAAUGUGCAAGUGGAAUCAAAGCCCAGACACUUAACACCAGGUCUGCUGAGGAAGCACUCUUGCUUGCCUUACUGUCUAAGGGAUUGAGCGACCCUGAUCAGUGGCCAUUGAUGUAUAUUCCUAGCUAUGUGUUACUUCCCAACCUGUUUGUUGGAGCGCUGCUACCACCGAUGUACUGUGGACCAAUGCUGGUUAUAAGAAACAGUCCGAGAACCACCUGGACAGCAAUCAUGAGUGGAGAAAGAAAGACCGCAGUCAUCCUGAUCGUAAUCACCAGCCAGUGAGUGAGUCCGUGUAACCAACGUCUUCUCUGGUGUCAGUACAGAACAGAGAGCAUUAAUAAUGGCGUUGGUUGUAACGGCCAACUGGGCCCCGCAAGUAAUACGUAACGCUACGGAGCUUUGUAGUUCGUGAUGCUAGUCAUCGUCCGCGUGUAACACACGUGAAGGCCAAUCUCCCACAUCCUUGUGCAGGUGUGGCAUGUACUUAUUUAGAGCUGUCGUCGUCAUCGCUGCUGUUCUGCAGCAUGACUUGAUACCGAUACCUGUGCUUGAAAUGAGCACAUUACACCCCCCCCCCCCCCCCCCUCACUGCCAUAACAUAGUAACACCUGUAUUAGCCAAAGGCAUUGUAGUAUUGAUAUGAUGACGAUGGUGCAUUAGUCGUCCAUGGCUCAUAGUAAUCCUGAUGUGGGCGUAGCAUGUUUAAAUAGAUUAUUUAGAGCUGCUGCCGUUGUCAUCGCUGCUGUUCUGCAGCAUGAGUUGGUGCAUUGCUAUGCUUGACAAGAGCAACCCCUCUCCCCUCGCUGCCACCACCGUGUGCAUGCAUUGGCCAUGGUUGUUGCCUUAUUUUGAUAAUAAUUAUGCUGGUGACGAAUAACACUAACAACACACCUGGCUGAAUUAAAUGAUUCGAAUCACAUGGCCAGAGGACUUCUUAUCCUGUGUUUGGCCAACCCUGUGCUUUCCUUUUCCAGAGUGUUGGAAAGUGAACAUCAUGUAUUUGGCCCAGGCGCCCGACACGACCGUUGGCUCACCAAUUUUCUUUAUUUUGUCAGCAGCAUGUUGACUUGCUGUGUAUUCUGAGCUGGUCAUUUGAUCAUUAGCAUCUGAAUACUAUCCUGUAUUGUUGCUGAGUGAGACAUUUGUUGCUCUCAUUUACCGAUGCGACCAUGGAUUAUUUUCUUUCUUGAGCCCAUCCCCAGAGUUGGAUAUUUGCACUUUCCUUUGCUGAACAUAGUGCUGAUGCAGCUCCGAGCUGAUCUAUUUAUACACGGCAGCACUCCCUGAUUUAGAGGGGUUUUUAUGCUGGUAAUUUUUAGAGAACAUGCUAACAUAACUUUAGUUAUGGCAAUGGUGCUUGUACUUUCCUAGAUUGCUGAACAUUUUCUGUGUUUGACGUGCUUCCUUGCACUUCAAACUACCUGUUCAAAUAUCUAAUCCCAUGAAUGCAAUGACCUUUAGGUGCAAGGUGUGGCCAUGCACAACUGUGCUGCCUGUUCCUACCUAUCCAAACUA